AUGGCCACUCUGAUCCCAGUGACACGACAGGUCAGAGGUUGGACAGAUCCAGAGCCUCUCUUGACUGGCCUGGAGUGCGGGCAGCCCCUGGCCGCCGCCAUAGCGGAGCUACCCGUGCUGGACGCCUCAGGGACUUCAAUGUCCUUCGGCGCGCUGUUUCAGGAGCGCAGGGCCGUGGUGAUCUUCGUGAGGCACUUCCUGUGUUACAUCUGCAAGGAAUAUGUUGAAGAUCUGGCCAAAAUCCCUAAGAAUUUCUUAGAAGAAGCAAAUAUCACCCUUAUAGUGAUUGGACAAUCAUCCUACCAUCAUAUUGCGCCAUUCUGCAAACUGACUGGGUAUACUUAUGAAAUCUACGUUGACCCUGAGAGAGAAAUUUAUAAGAGAUUGGGAUUGAAAAGAGGUGAAGAAGUUGCCUUCUCUGCACAGAGUCCCCAUGUGAAAUCAAGUCUGCUUUCUGGAAGCAUUCAGAGCCUGUUCCGGGCAAUGACUAGUCCUCUGUUUGAUUUUCAAGGAGAUCCAGCUCAGCAAGGAGGAACCUUCAUUUUAGGUCCAGGCAACAACAUCCAUUAUAUGCACCUCGACAGGAAUAGGUUAGAUCACAAGCCCAUCAACUCUGUUUUACAGCUUUUAGGAGUUCAGUAUGUUAACUUUACAAGCAGACCUUCAGUUAUCCAUGUGUGA